AUGGCUUCUACCCGAAUCAUCGCAGAUUCGGAUGAUUCCGACGAUGACUUUGACCUAGGGGACAGUCCCCCAAAACAUCCAACAUCCAAGUUGCCCACCGAAAGCCGGUCAUUUGAUCCAGCGAGUGCCGCAACAAGCUCUACGGACCUCCAAGUCUUCCAAGAGAUUUACAACGAGCAACGACGUGUGGCCACAAGUGAAGGCUUGCCACACCCCGAUUCCUCUUUAGAACCGAAUAAUUCAGGUCCUAACUCUGGGUCUCUAGGCGUGUUAACUCAGACCAAGCAAGACAUCGUUAAUAUUUCAUCGCUGACAUCCGUCACCGAUCCUACUAUGGGACCGAAUCUUGCGAAGAAGCCCAGAAAGCUGGAGACCGUAGACUUGACGCAGGUCACAACGCCGGGAAGGAGUACCAACAACACGCCGAAGGAUAUGUGGGAGGUUCCCAGCAGCCCCAUAGAGCAGGAGGCUGCGGCUGUUGGGAUUAUGGCAAAAAACAAAACACCCAGCAGCAGCAAGAGAAAGCGAGGAAACAAUGUUGAGUUCACGUCACCGUUGGCGACUGCGAUGCCGUCACAGGGUUCGACGCAGCCUUUCGACACUACGCCGGCGGGUAGAGGGAACUUUGCCUUGAUGGAAAUGGCCAAAAAACAGAAACUUGAUAUACUAGUAUCAUCUGCACCGGCGGAGGACGAUGUCGAUAUGAUCAUUCCUCGGGAAAAUAGUUCGGUAAUAAUGGACGCACCGGUCUCGGGACAAAAGCCAGUGUCUUUGUACAUUGAGCCUCGAAGUUUAAGUGCUAGCCAGCAGCGGCAGUAUGAAUAUUAUUCGGUCAAUCCGUCUCCAGACGAUCUGAGGCCAGAACCUUCUCGUCAUUUCACGACCCAACAGAUGACAACCCGUUCUAGCGGCGCUACGACGAUAGCCUACUCUACGCCAAGCCAGACACGAGUGCGGGGUGGGCUUCAGGAUUCGUUCUCUAACAGCAUUGAUUCGGAACGUAACUCCCAGCAAGACCAAGAAAUACCUGAAGAGGUCGUGCCAUUCAAGGUAACAGCUGAGCUGCAAUCAUCGCCAGACAUUAUAUCUGCAGCUCCGGUGCGCAGGCAGAAGAGCAAGGCUCAAAACUCAUGUCCUCGGGUAUCAGAAUCACAGACCACAGAGAAGUGGCCAUCGGACAGUGAUGGAUUUCACGGCGAAGAAUUGUACAAGCCCCGCUCUAGCCGACGUCGAGGUAGCGAUACGAGUCGGCAAAGUGAUGCUCAGAAUGCAACAUGCACCGAGGCACCUGUGGCUGAUAUGAGACCAUUUACGCAAGGGACCGUGGAGGAAGUUGCGCCAAUUAAUCCUACACAGGCGAAGAAAAGAGGACGUCCUAGGAAAUCAGAUGCUGCGGUAACUGCUGGGCCCACUGACAGCAGCUUGGCAUGGCCACGGGACGACGUUGGGGAUAAAUUUGCCGAAAAUCCGGCUGCAGCGGACUCCAGUACAGCGGUUACACAGCAAACCAAGAAGAAGAGAGGGCGGCCAAGAAAAACUGACAAGAUGUUGACGGAUAGCGUGCAGCAGGCAUCCGAGGAGCAACAUGCAGUCACAGAACCCGCCGACCAGGCCAAGGAAAAUCUCGCAUCGAUGGAUUCAGAACAUGCAUGUGAUGAACGACCGCCGGAGCAGGCUGAACAUGCCACCAAGGCCAAAAAUAGAGACAGAGAGAAAAAGUCGAGAUGCACAGAUGAGAUGGAUGAAGCAAGGGCUUUGCAGGCAACGACGCAUGACAACGGGGUUGUGAGGGCCGGAUCCGACGGGCCGGAUCCGCAAAAGACAGCGACGGAAGGGAAUGUGGCGGCGACAGCAGCAAGUAUCACGACAGGCAAGAAGGACGAAGAGGAAAAGGAGUUGGUCGGCAAAGGUAAAGCUGAUGGGAAGCAGGGAGGACGGAUAGGUGCAUCGUGUCAAGUGGUAAAACCUCUUUAUCGGGUGGGGCUCAGCAAGAAGUCGAAGAUCGCGCCACUGCUCAAAAUUGUGCGAAAGUGA